AUGUCUUUGAACAAAGCCUGGGAGGCAGCCUCCGCAACACCUUUCUCACCUAUCGUUUCUAAGGACAGCCAGUUUACUGUCGGCUUCAACUUACUGCUUCUCGGUAAGGAUAGCUCACCAUCACUUCAAACGAAGUAUAUCUAUCUAACCUUCUCUAUGACAGCAAUUAUCUUCACUGGACUUUUUGGCCUGAACCGGUCUUUUCUGAGUGUCGCGUCUCUGGGUGUCCCAGCUUCAUUACUGUUUGGUUUUGGCGCUGUUUUCACUAUCUGCGCUGCCGGAGUUUAUGUUUAA